AUGGCAGAACCUGCAGCUAAAAAACAAAAGUCAGAUAGCAGCACUAGCAGCACUAACAAGACAGCGAUUGAAGAUGUUAGUGAAUAUUUCAGCGACGGGCUAUUUGCGCCAUCCAGUGCUCAAGACUAUCGCGCGGCAUACAAGCAAUCUUCGCCCUACAAGCACGCAGUGAUUCCAAAGCUAUUCGAAGAAAAACUCCUACUCAAGGCUCGAGAAGAGCUAUUGAAGCUGAGUUUCAAGGAGAAGGAAACGGAUAUAUACAAGAUAACACAAAGCGGCGACUUCUCGAACAUUCAUCUUCUUCCUGAAGACGAGCGCGCUGAGUUGCCCACGCUGCUCACACUGCGCAACAUGCUCUAUUCAGCCCAAUUCAGACGCUUUCUGAGGGAGGUGACAGGGUGUGGGCCACUCUCUGGAGUAAAGACGGAUAUGUCGACGAACAACUACGGUUCUGGCUGCCAUCUUCUCAAUCACGAUGAUGUCAUCGGCACACGCAGAAUAUCAUUUAUCCUCUACCUCCCACUCCCAGAACCGGCAUGGGAGCCCCAAUUCGGUGGUGCACUUGAGCUGUACCCGCUUAGCUCACCACCAACAAAUCCCACAACACCUGCACCGAAACCAAGCGUCAGUAUCCCACCGUCAUUCAACCAGUUUGCUUUCUUCGAGGUGCAGCCUGGACACUCAUUCCACUCUGUCGAAGAAGUCGCUUUCCACCCGAAACUGCAGCAUAAAUCGGUUAGUGGGGGAGUUGGCCAGCGUAUAUCUAUUAGUGGAUGGUUCCAUCGCCCUGUACCUGAAGAAGAGGAGUAUGAGGGCGCGCAGCCUGAAUUGACCAAGAGCUCGCUUGAGCAGUUGUACGCAGCUGCUCUCCGUCCAUUAACUUCAUAUGGUGACUCCGAAAAAGCGCCAAGUUAUAUCCCCGAGAAACUGGAUGAUGAGGAGGUCAAUGAGCUCCAGCAACUCGUUAAUCCGAUGUAUCUUGAUAUCAAGACCAUAGAAUUACUUCAGAGCAAGUUUCUAGAAGACUCUCACGUGCUUCUGACAGAUUUCCUCAAGGAAGACAUUGCAAACGCACUCCACGAGCAGAUAAAGAGGCGCGAUCAAGUAGACAGCGUGGCGAGAAGCAAACGCGUAGAGAAAAACAACUACGGCACUAGCUACAAGAUACCUUCUCACACAACAGGCGAGGAUAAUGAUUGGAAGCUCGUCGGACCGCCACACAUACAGCGCUAUGUAUCGCUGACGAGACACGAUAACGAUGAUCUGUUUGCGAGAGUCAAUAGACUAUUUGCUAGCAAGCCAUUCAGAGCACUCCUCUCAAUACUCACCUCCUCAAUCCCCGAAACACAUCUCAUCGAAAGCCGAAGAUUUCGUCCGGGAUUGGACUACACUCUGGCAAGAGGCGAAAAGAGUACAUCAGAGACGUCUAGAUUGGAUGUUGGGCUGAAUCUGACGGACAAUGACGAUAUCUGGCAAUCAGGCGCCGUUGGUGGAUGGGACGUUUGGUUGAAUGGCGAGGAAGACAGCGACGAAGCUACGUAUGGCGAUAGCGGUGAUGGCGACGAGGACGCGCCAUUGCUCUCUCUCCCACCCCAUUUCAAUCGCUUGCACAUCGUACUACGUGAUGCUGGAUUGCUGCACUUUGUCAAAUACGUCAGCACACGCGCGAUGAAUUCUCGCUGGGAUGUCACUGGUGAAUGGGUGACUAGAUUUUUGUAG